GUCGCGUUUCGCGCGAAAACUCAGUGCUCCCGGGAAAAACCAGUCGCGAGGCGAGCUCCUGUUCAACGCGGACGUAAAACAAUGGCUGAUUCAUCAGAGUCGUUUCACAUGGCCACCAGCCCCACUCGCACCUCCAGGCGGGGCGAUCUGACCUCGAGUCCCGGCAGAGACCUGCCACCGUUUGAGGAUGAGUCUGAGGGAAUUUUGGGAGAUACAAUUCCCGAUGAGGAGGAAGAUGGAGAUGGAGAGGAGCUGAUCGGAGAUGGGAUGGAGAGAGACUACCGUGUUAUCCCAGAGCUGGACCGUUAUGAAGAGGAAGGCCUGGAUUUUGAAGAAGAUCUCAGUGAGCUCUCUCCAGGGGCUCGGGCGGCGGCAGAAGAGGCCAUGAGACGACGAGACCGAGAUCAGGGCAUGGGUCGCAUCGGACGUGGUCUGCUUUAUGACAGUGAAGACGAAGAUGACGAGCGGCCCAGUAAGAGACUUCGCCGCCAAGCUGAGAGGGCGGCCGAAGGGAUCAUGGCGGAGGGUGAAGACGAAGAGAUGAUCGAAAGCAUAGAGAACCUGGAGGACAUGAAGGGUCACACGGUCAGAGAAUGGGUGUCUAUGGCCGCCCCACGACUGGAGAUCUAUCACCGCUUCAAGAACUUCCUGCGCACACACGUGGACGUGCACGGACACAAUGUCUUUAAGGAGCGCGUUAGUGACAUGUGCAAAGAAAAUAAGGAGAGCUUGUUGGUGAACUAUGAGGAGUUGGCAUCUAGAGAGCACGUCCUGGCUUAUUUCCUGCCAGAAGCACCUGCAGAAAUGCUGAAGAUAUUCGACGAGGCGGCGAAAGAAGUCGUGCUGGCUAUGUAUCCCAAAUACGACAGAAUCGUACACGAAAUCCACGUGCGGAUUGGAAACCUGCCGCUGGUGGAGGAACUUCGAUCGCUCAGGCAGCUUCACUUGAAUCAGUUGAUUCGCACCAGCGGUGUGGUGACCUGCUGUACUGGAGUUCUGCCACAGCUCGGUAUGGUGAAGUACAACUGUAACAAGUGUAGCUUCAUCUUGGGUCCGUUCUUCCAGUCCCAGAACCAGGAAGUGAAGCCGGGCUCCUGUCCUGAGUGUCAGUCUCUCGGUCCAUUUGAUAUCAACAUGGAACAGACUGUGUACCAGAACUAUCAGCGCAUCACGAUACAGGAGAGUCCUGGGAAAGUAGCAGCGGGACGUCUACCUCGAUCUAAAGAUGCCAUCUUGCUUGCAGAUUUAGUGGAUACAUGCAAACCUGGUGAUGAAAUUGAGCUUACCGGAAUCUACCACAACAAUUACGAUGGCUCUCUCAACAUGGCCAACGGCUUCCCCGUAUUCGCCACAGUGAUCAUGGCCAAUCACAUUGCACGUAAGGAUGAAGGCGUAGCCGUGGCGGAGCUCACCGAUGAAGAUAUCAAGGCCAUUGUAGCUUUAUCCAAAGAUGAGCGCAUUGGUGAAAGAAUUUUCGCCAGUAUUGGUCCGUCUAUCUACGGACACGAGGACAUUAAACGUGGUCUGGCGCUUGCUUUGUUCGGCGGCGAGCCCAAGAAUCCAGGUGGAAAGCACAAAGUGCGUGGAGACAUCAACGUGCUCCUGUGUGGAGAUCCCGGCACAGCAAAGUCUCAGUUCCUGAAGUACGUGGAGAAGGUGGCGAGCCGGGCGGUUUUCACCACGGGUCAGGGCGCCUCCGCCGUGGGUUUAACUGCUUAUGUCCAGCGUCACCCGGUGACCCGAGAGUGGACACUGGAGGCUGGAGCUCUGGUGCUUGCAGACAGAGGAGUGUGUCUCAUCGAUGAGUUUGAUAAGAUGAAUGACCAAGACAGGACCAGCAUCCAUGAAGCCAUGGAGCAGCAGAGCAUCUCCAUUUCUAAAGCCGGGAUAGUGACAUCACUUCAGGCUCGCUGCACUGUCAUCGCUGCUGCCAAUCCUAUUGGUGGGCGAUACGAUCCGUCACUCACAUUCUCUGAAAAUGUGGACCUGACGGAGCCCAUUGUUUCUCGAUUCGAUAUUUUAUGCAUUGUGAGAGACACGGUCGAUCCUGUGCAGGAUGAAAUGCUGGCACGCUUUGUGGUGGGCAGUCACAUAAAACAUCACCCAAGCAACAAAGAAGGGGGCGUGGCCGGUCUGGAGGAAGUGGUGCUUCCCAACACCACAGAUGUUCCGCCCAUCCCUCAGGAGCUGCUCAGGAAGUACAUCAUGUACUCCAAAGAACGUGUGAGACCGAAACUCAAUCAGAUGGACCAGGACAAGGUGGCCCGAAUUUACAGUGACCUUCGAAAAGAGUCCAUGGCUACAGGUAGUAUACCGAUUACCGUGCGACACAUCGAGUCCAUGAUCCGCAUGGCGGAGGCACACGCCCGCAUGCACCUGCGGGACUACGUGCUGGAGGAUGACGUCAAUAUGGCCAUUCGUGUGAUGCUGGAAAGCUUCAUCGACACGCAGAAGUUUAGCGUAAUGAGGAGUAUGAGAAAGACGUUUGCACGUUAUCUGGCAUUUAGGAGGGACAACAAUGAGCUGCUGCUGUUUAUUUUAAAACAGCUGGUUUCAGAGCAGGUCGCGUAUCAGCGCAAUCGUUACGGAGCCCAGCAGGACACCAUUGAGAUUCCAGAAAAGGAUCUGGUGGAUAAGGCCCGACAGAUUAACAUUCACAACCUGUCCGUGUUUUACGACAGCGACGUUUUCCGCUCAAACAAAUUCUCCCAUGAUGUCAAGAAAAAGCUCAUUGUUCAGCAGUUUUAGGCCAGUGCUUCUGAAAUUGUUCGCAAACCGAUGAAGUUGUCUAGAAUUUCCUAGACUUGUAUAUAUAAAACCAUGAUCUGGUUACUGGACCAACUUUAACAUUUGAAUUGUUUUGACCGCUCAUGAACUCAUUACCGUAGUAGUACGGUUGUAGUGGUCGGCUGUCCUAUGACAAGACAUAGUUCUUGAACCUGCUUUGGUGUCUGUUAUGCAGUAGUUUGCAUUAUUUAGAUGUUGUAAAAAAUUAAAUUUCUAUUUUGUAAUAUUUCUGUUCUGAAUAAUAAACUAAAGUUUUGUGAUGUAAA